AUUAUUUUGGUAGCAGUAAGUUUUUACUUAAUUUAUGCUAAUGUAAUGUUUAUAAUUAAUUAAAAUCAAUGUUACUUUUGCUUCUUUAUAGAACGAAGGCUUGCAGACCCCGAAAGGUGCUAGCUGCAUUAGCGUAAAUGGUGUAUCGUUGUCUGAAAACGGAGUGUACGAAAAUAACGACUCGGCAGUCACGGAUGCAUCGUCGCAAAGACUUUUUUACUCGGCGCACAAUGCGCGGCCGCCGCUACCCCCUCCAUCGUUCAUGGACGACUUCGAAUACGAGACCAUACUCCCGCGACCCACUACUUACUAUACGUCCCGAGAGAAGCAGCUGAUCGCCGACUACGUGUCGAGGUACGGCGCCAGUUCGGCAGCUGCCAGGUUCAACAUUCCGUCCACCCAGGCUUAUUACGUCUACCGCCGCCAGUUUCGCCGCACCAGCACUCGCAAUAACGGCUACGGAGUCUACUCAGCCAGUUGCAGCUACCGACCCGAUAGCAAUGACGGUAGUAGAAGCAUCGACGCAAACCUGUUGAUCAACGAUGACGAACUAGAAAGAAAGCUGACCGGUUACGUUACAUCAGUAAUAGACUUUGAUCAGAGUUCGAUUGUGAAGACGGAGGAGCAUGUGAGUGACGAGGACACGAAACUGAAAAUAGAUAUAAAACCGCAAAUAAAUCCAAUCGUGUUCAAAAAACGACGACCUGCGCGCGGCCGGCCAAAGUUGCUUGGCGAUGAAAUUGAUUACAAGCUGAUGGUAACGCUGUUGAAGAUCAAGGAAGACGGUAUCCAGAUAACACCCAGCAUUGUGGCUUUCGUCGUAAGGAAAUUGCUGUCGACCCACCGUCGUGGAUUGUUGAAAGAAGAAGGUGGCGAAUUUGAAUCAAGUGCAAGCGAGUUCAGUUCACUGUAUCAUGGCGUGCAUGACGAGUUGCGUUUGUGCGGCCGCCACCAUUCGCGCCGCAUCCGACCCAUCGUCGCCUUGACGCCGAUGGUCGCGCGUCGUGGAUCGGACUUUGGUCUGCGACGAGCAGCGCGGCAGUCCGACCGCAUUAGAGGUGUGGUGCACAAAAGUGCCCCUAACGAGUCGUGUUCCGGUUUGAUGCGCACCGGUGGCAACCAGCUAACAGGACGACGGCUGACUGAAGCGAUCGCUUUCGAUGUCGUCGAGUGCAAAAACGACAGAAGUUUCGUUUUUUCACCCGGUUCAGUUUCCAUUCUGUAA